UUAUCUAUAGAACCAUUAGGUCCUCUCCCCUGAACAAAAUGAGAAAUGUUGAUACAACGAGUUUCCUUUCUCUCCAACUGUUCCUGUCAAGCGACUUUCAUUCCCACAGCCAAUGCCAACAAGAGGCAUCUCAAAGGAAACUUUUGGAGUCCUCUACCCACCUACGCCAUGAGUUUGCCCAAGCCCAAACCCAAGCUUCCAUGCUUUACACCCAUUUUGCCCUUUCCUAAUCAGGCAACUGCAACAGCGGCAUCAGUCUUCGCAUCAGCCAGUACUGAGGAGGGCGAUCGGUUGGAUCGGAGUGGGAUAUUAACCUUGGAGAGUAUAAGGGAUUCGCUUAUUAGACAAGAGGAUAGCAUUAUUUUUAAUCUUCUGGAGAGAUCCCAAUAUUGCUUUAAUUCCCCUGCUUAUGAUGCAAAACAGCUCUCAUUUCCUGGCUUUAAUGGCUCACUUGUGGAUUUCAUACUUAAGGAAACAGAGCUACUUCAUUCAAAAGUGGGCAGGUAUAAAAGCCCAGACGAGCACCCAUUUUUCCCUGAUGACCUGGUGGAGCCUUUGCUACCACAGUUAGACUACCCAAAGGUGCUACACCCUGCAGCUUCUACUAUCAACAUAAACAAGGAGAUCUGGAGAAUGUAUUUUGAUGAUUUACUACCCCAAUUCGUAGGUGAGGGGGAUGAUGGAAACUAUGGAUCUGCUGUUGUAUGCGAUGUCUCCUGUUUGCAGGCCCUCUCUAAAAGGAUUCAUUAUGGAAAGUUUGUAGCUGAAGCAAAAUUUCGAGAUUCGCCAAAUGAAUAUGAACCUGCAAUCCGUGCACAGGACAGGGAAGCAUUAAUGAAUCUGUUGACCUUUGAAAAUGUGGAAGAAAUGGUUAAGAGGAGAGUGGAACUGAAAGCAAUGACAUAUGGUCGGGAGGUAAACUUACAUAGUGCAGUGGUUACCCCGGCCUACAAAUUUCAACCUUCUUUGGUUGCUCAUUUAUAUUCAAAAUGGCUCAUGCCUUUAACCAAAAAGGUUGAAGUAGAAUACCUUCUAAGACGGCUUGAUUAAGACAUCAAUUUUUGCUUUUCAAUAAAAUAACAUGAAGUUUGUUUUCUAUUA